AUGUCUGGCACCGGCGGGCCACAGCCGAGCGACGACGGCGUCACACUACCCCAGGCGCAAGCGUUUCAUCCCGCUGAGCAUUGGGUACAACUCGCACAACAGGGAGACGAUGACGAUGGCGUUGAUACGGAGUCGGCUCUCGGGACACAUGCAGCCACCUCGACGGCGUCCUUAAGCUCCAGUAUUUUGCGGUAUCGAACUAUCCACGGCCGCACAUACCACUCUGAGCAAGGAAAUGCCGAAUACUGGGCCUCCAACGAUGAACAGCAAAAUGAAUCACAAGACGUCAACCAUCACGCCAUGCUUCUCGUUCUUGAUGACAAGCUGUUCUUAGCACCCUUGAAGAACGACAUUCAGAAGGUUUUAGACGUGGGAACCGGAACAGGCAUUUGGGCAAUCGAUUUCGCCGAUGAGUUCCCCUCUGCAACUGUUAUUGGAACAGACCUCUCACCCAUCCAACCGAGUUGGAUUCCACCAAACCUGACCUUUGAAAUCGAGGACUGCAACCUAACGUGGACAUUUGAACCCGAUUCGUUUGACUACGUGCAUAUGCGCUACUUGUUCGGAAGCAUCACAGACUGGAAUGCGUUGUUUAGCAACGCAUACAGGGUAUGCAAGCCUGGUGGUUGGGUUGAAAGCUACGAGCCAACAGUCGUGGCGGAGAGUGAUGAUGAUACGAUUCCGCCCGGUAGUGCCCACAGCGAAUGGGGCAAGUUCUUCAUCGAGGGUGCCAAGAAAAUGGGUCGUUCCUGCACUGUCGUUGAAGAUGAUGUUCAGCGCAAGAGCAUGGAAGCCGCUGGAUUUGUCGAUAUUCAGUAUGUGGACAAGAAGGUCCCGAUUGGGGGUUGGCCCAGAGACCCUAAACAAAAGGAAAUUGGCCAAUAUCUGCAGGCCUCUCUUGAACAGGACCUGGAGGGAUACGUGCUUUACAUGGCGAGCCAGCUUCUGGGAUGGACCAAGGAGGAGGUUUCCGUGUACUGCGCUCAGUUUCGACGUGAGAUGCGUUCAGGCAGAUACCAUGCUUUCUUUCAGCAACGAGUCAUUUGGGGAAGAAAGCCAGAGUAA